ACGCCAAAACAUUUGCCGUUAAAUAACCCGCGCCGCUUGCAUUAUCGUGGCAGCCAGUUCCACUCUCGCUUCGCCCGUCGGCUCCCUUGCUUACAAGCACCGGCAAGGAAAGGCUCGGUCUUUCCCCGGCCGUGCUCCACCGCAGCAAUGGAGGCUCCUCUCCUCCUCCCCGUUUCCGCCGCCGCCGCCUCUUCGUCCUCCUCUGUUGACAUCGACGACAUCACCGUCCACGCUGUUCGGGCCCCUCGGGUGUCUUCCUCCUCCCCUUCCACGCAGAGCAUCGUGUUCCGCGUCGUGGCCGUGAUCGCCGUCGCGUGCGCGUCCCUGUUCGCGCAGAACGAGGCCGCCAAGGGCUUCGGCAUCGACGUCGUGAGCGCCGGCGCCCCGCGGGGCGAUAUCGCCGGCCAGCGGUUCGACCUCUUCCUCGUGUCCAACGGCCGCGCCGAGCGCAUCCUGCAGUACGCCAGCCGCGGCGUGGAGCGCGCGCUCUUCCCGGACGCGUCGUUCCCGCGCAAGCAGGUCCGGCGCGUCACCGUCAAGAUGGCCGGGCACAACCUCACCGCGGCCGCCACGGUGGACGCCGCCGCGGCGCCCGGAGAGUACGUCAUCUCCCUGAGCCCCGCGCUCUUGUCCAGCACCGGCACAGCCUCCGCCGAUGCCGUGGCCGCCGCGGUGCGCCGCGCCGUCGCGCGCAUGUGGCUGUGGGACGGCCGCGGGGCCGCCCCCGCGCGCUUGACCGAGGCCAUGGUGGAGUACCUCGCCUCCGCCGCGGCCGGCGACGCCGCCGCCGAGGUGUCUGCAUCGCCUCUGUCGUCGUCGUCGUCGGACGACGGGGGACGCCGGUGCAUGUCGGCACGGUUCCUGAGGCACCUCGAGCGGCAGCGCGAGGGCUUCGUCGCCCGGCUGAACCGGGCGAUGCGGGACCGGUGGAGCGACGCCGCCGUGGACGCGGCGCUCGGCGCGCCGGCCCGCCACGCCUGCGCGGCCUACCGCGCGGCGACGCCGUCGACGGGGCAGGACGGACCCCGCCGCCACCACGCUGGUUGACUCCACGCCGGACGCCACCCGUGGUUCCAGCGUGGCAACGUGAGGCGGUCCGAAGCGAAGGGCAGUUCCGGUAUUGUACACGCCCAUGUGCGCCGCGCCCGGUGUAUAUUAAUAUUAAACCCGCCAAUAGCGGGCGGUUAAGCGCGGGGUGGGGCAUGGCCGCGGCCCUAAUCGUGGCCGGAGGUGAGUGGGUGGUCGCUGUCGCCGUGGUUUCAUACGCUGCUGCUUGUAAUGAUCCUAGUAUGAUUUAUCGUACCAAUGUGAUGUGAGCAAAAGAUUUUUGGUUGGCUA